GGAAAACCCUUUUUUGUCAAGUCGACACCUCUGCCUAGCAGCUGCCAGCCUGAAGAGCCGGGCGCGGACGGGCGACCGGGCGUCUGUGCGCCAUUGGCGGCGAGGAGGGUCUCCUGGCAGGGUCCGGCCUCUCCGUCCAGCCCACCCACUCACCCCUCGAGCUCCUCCCGCGGCUCUUUUUUCCCCCCCUCAUGAACCGCCCGCGGACUUCCUCGCCGUAGCAGGGCGCUGUGAGGGGAGCCGGACAGCCCGAUCCCGCGGCGGCUUUCCUGCGUUUAGCCUCGCCUUGCCCGUUGACGGCGGCCAGGAAAGGGGUCUCCGCGCUUUGGAAGCCUCCCCUCUUUCUCCCCCACCUCCGGGGGUCCAUGUAGCCCCGGCGGCGCGGCUCCCCACCCGGCCCCCUCCGCCGCGAUGUCCUCCCCGGUGCGCUCGCCCACCCUGCGGCCCCAUCGGAUGAGGAAGGACGAGUCUUUCCUGGGGAAGCUCGGAGGGACGCUGGGCAGGAAAAAGAAAGCCAAGGAGGUGUCUGAUCUGCAAGAAGAAGGUAAAAAUGCUAUCAAUGCUCCGAUGUCCCCUGCUACAACUGAUCUUCAUCCAGAAGAUACAUUACUAGAGGAAAAUGAAGAACGUACCAUGAUAGAUCCCACUUCAAAGGAGGAUGCCAAGUUUAAAGAACUUAUCAAGGUUUUGAUCGACUGGAUAAAUGAUGUCUUGGUUGAAGAAAGGAUAAUUGUCAAACAGCUUGAAGAAGACGUUUAUGAUGGGCAAGUGCUACAGAAAUUGCUAGAAAAGCUCGCUGGUUGUAAACUAAAUGUGGCUGAAGUGACGCAGUCUGAAAUUGGACAGAAACAGAAAUUGCAGACUGUGCUGGAAGCUGUCUAUGAUUUACUUCGACCUCAUGGCUGGACGAUCAAAUGGAGUGUGGACUUGAUCCAUGGCAAGAACCUGGUGUCCAUCCUCCACCUGCUGGUGGCUUUGGCCAUGCAUUUCCGGGCUACUAUUCGGCUCCCUGAACAUGUUUCUGUGCAAGUGGUCGUCGUAAAGAAGCGAGAAGGGUUACUUCAGACGGCCCAUGUGACCGAGGAAAUCACUACUACAACUGAAAUGAUGAUGGGAAGGUUUGAGCGAGAUGCCUUUGAUACACUCUUUGACCAUGCCCCAGAUAAAUUAAGUGUGGUAAAAAAGUCCUUGAUCACUUUUGUAAACAAACACUUAAACAAGCUGAAUUUGGAGGUGUCGGAAUUAGAAAGCCAGUUUGCAGACGGCGUCUACUUGGUGCUACUGAUGGGCCUCCUUGAAGAUUAUUUUGUUCCUCUCCAUCACUUCUUCUUAACACCUGAAAGUUUGGAUCAGAAGGUUCACAAUGUCUCUUUUUCUUUUGAGCUGAUGCAAGACGCGGGGCUCAAGAAACCAAAAGCGCGACCGGAAGAUGUUGUCAACCUGGAUCUGAAGUCUACCUUGCGGGUUUUAUACAACUUGUUCACGAAGUACAAGAACGCAGAGUGACCUGAACGUCUCCAGAGACCGCAAGGGGUGUCCCAGAAAAUUGCCUUUGAUUUUUCCUUCCUAUGUUUUGUUGUCUGUCCAGUCAGUUUCCUAACUUGGUGGCCUUCAGUUGGGUUGGUAGGCAGUUCCCAUUAUCUGACAUGAGUGAGACCAGUUCAAGAAUGAAAGCUGUUGUCCAAUAAUCUGGAAGCUAACCAGGUUGGGGAUGGCUGGUUUCUGUUUGUUUUUUUGUGUUGUAAACCCUCUGUGCUUUGAGCCCACAGCCUGCCUUUGGAAAUGAUUUUUUUCUCCCUGGAAAUAUCUACCGUACUUUUCGGAGUAUAAGACACACUUCCCCCCCCCCAAAAGAGGGUGGAAAUGUUGGUGUGUCUUAUACACUGAAUACAGCCAAACCUCGCCCUACGGGUCCCAUUUUCACCAAAAACGGGCCCGUUUUUCACAAAAACACUGUGUGCAGAGGGUUUGGGAGGCCUGCAGAGUGCUCCCGGGGGUUGGGGACGGCAAAAACGCGAUGCGUGGGGGGUUUGGGAGGCCAAAAAUGGGCCCGUUUUUCACAAAAACGGUGCACACAGAAGGUUUGGGAGGCCUGCAGAGUGCUCCUGGGGGUUGGGGAGGGCAGAAACCGGAUGCAUGGAGGCCAAAAACUGUUCUUGUUUUCCUCUUCGAAAACUUGGUGCAUCUUAUAGUCCGAAAAAUACGGUAGGUUCUGCUUUAGUCUUCUGCAGAACUGUUGCUUACAGUCUUCCCUGUUGAGCAAUAGUUGCUCAAGUAUUCUAACUGAUUCCAACAAUGGGGUCGCAAACUGGCCAGGCAUUGUUGAGAAGAAAGUGCCGUGUCUGGAAGUUGACAUAGGUUCAGUCUGAGCUCCAAAUCUCAACUUCUGCAGUGAACAUGCUUGAGUCCCAUCACCUUGGUAGUAUAAUGGAAACAACACGACCUUCCUAGCAAGGUCAUUGUAGGGCUUGUGCAAGGCGAAAGCUUAUAGGAAUGCUAAUUGUGAUGUGAGCUGGUUUUUAAAAAUGUGUUCUGGAUGAGAAUGAUAGUGAUCAAUUUGUGGAAGGAGAGCUCCUGUUUUCCAGAUUUUCCAGGAGUAAUUCUGUGUCCUUUUCGCCCUGAUUUAGGCACAUCUAGGCUUCCUUUUCAUAUUUCGGGAGUGGUGAUCUAAGGCUGUUUUCUAAAUCUAUGACUGCAUUGCUUCCCUUUUGAUAUCACCUAUCCCAUGACCUCACUCCGUAUAUAUAUUGUACAUCUCGGAUGGCAUAAGUUGCCCGUUUUGAAUAAAAUAAAACCUUUUCUGAUGAAAA